AUGAAGCGAUACCCUCUCCCCUACCUUGAAUACAUUUUUAUUACUUGUGAAAGUAUGGUACUAGGCCCGGCGUUGGUAAGCAAUAUUUUUAGAAUCACUUCACAGUUGCAAAAACUGUACCGUAUAGUGAGUCGAUGGAGACAGACCCUCUAGUGUGGCAUUUCGUUGCGAGCCUUCAAAUUCAAUUAUGCUUUUUUCAUCUGGAGACACAUCGUUCCAGUACCGCAACACAAAGCGAGUGAUUAUGCCGUUAGGAUGUUCAGGAAGGUCCCACAUUAUGACUGCACUAUUGAACAUCACUUCAGCAAUGCUUAGCCCGUUCACUGGUCCCGGCAUGUCUUCAUCGGUUACAACGAGAACUGGAGGGUUGCGUGGACCGUCCCCGGGAGAGGUGUAACACAGAACCGUGAGAUUGUAAUGACCGAAUUUUUCUAGGUCAUCGACAAUCACUUUGAGAUCAGUAGAUGUUGGAUCUACUAGCACUUGACGAUAAAGAUCACUAUGAAGCGGUACGCCUUUCCAAAACUCUACCUUAUAUCCCAGGUUAACUCCAGGGACUCGUUGCUGAUCCGGCGCCGUGAAUGUGACUUCAACCGCUGUUGAGUUAAGCACGUUCGCGAUCACAUUUUUAGGAGCUUGAGUCGGAACUCCUUCGGCAGUCGUCACAUCAAUACUCUUGCUGAAGACACCCAAUCCUCGAUGAUUAUAUGCUGCAACCUGGAUCUCAUAUUCCCGCCAUGUAAUCAGCUGGUCGAUAGCCUAGAUGGUGAAUAUUAG